AUGACUAAGAAGGUUCAAGAAAUUUUUCAAAGAGACAGACCUUCAGAUAAUAACGUUCAUAUAUUGGUGCAACUGCCUCCGCCCGCCACCGCUGAUCCGAACAUAAUUUCUACUGCUCGUAAAAUCAAGGAGAAGAUAAUGAAACUUUCUGAUGAACUUGAAUAUUAUUCGAAUCCAAAAAAUCUCUUUCCAUUGCCGUUUCCAUACCUUGGCCGAAAAAAGCCAAUAGGAAGAUUUACUAUUGACAAUAAUGGAUAUUUCAACUUCAUGGGAAGAAAGGAAUUCAGGAAC